CAUCUCUUAGUGAAAAAUGUCUCGCAUGAAAAUAUCAUUGUUGUCUAUGUUCACUCUUUGCUUGAUAUCUGCACAGGCAGCAAGGUUUAAUGUUGUCAACCAAUGCUCCUACACCGUGUGGCCAGCUGCAAUUCCCAGGGGUGGUGGUAGGCAGUUAAGCUCAGGCCAAUCGUGGGGCUUAGACAUCCCAGCUGGAACCUCCGGCAAAAUUUGGGGCCGAACCGGUUGCAACUUUGACGUCUUUGGUCAUGGUAGUUGUCAAACCGGUGACUGCGGCGGUGCUCUCAGUUGUAGCGGAUCUGGUAGACCUCCGACCACACUUGUUGAAUUCACACUUAACGCUGGAAACAAUCAGGAUUUCUAUGAUAUAUCUGUGAUUCAGGGUUUCAACGUUCCAUUGCAAAUUGCUCCAACCUCUAAUGGAUGCAACAAAGUACGAACUUGCAGAGAACAGUCUUGCUCUGAUGCUUAUCAGUAUCCCGGUGAUAACAGUAAAUCAGUUUCAUGCCCAGGUGGUACCGAUUAUAGAGUCACCUUCUGCCCUUGAAGUCGCUGAUGUUAUAGUUGGUUUUCUAGCAUUAAUAAAAUAAAACCUGUGUAAAAUAUAAAACAAUAAAUAUUGCUUAAUUUACUCGUGAAUUAUAGUUUCUCGAGAGUGCAAUAUAUAGAAUAAAUGGUUUUAUGAUGAAUAAACUAAUUAUAGUUAUUAUUA